AUGCCAUUUUCCCGAACAUUGUCAGUUGUUGGAUGCCAUGCCGAAGGUGAAGUCGGUGAUGUGAUCACUGGCGGCGUACUUGAUGUUCCUGGCAACACGAUGUACGACAAACUGGUUUAUUUUUUGAACAAGAGAGACAACAUACGUCAACUGUUGCUCAACGAGCCUCGAGGCCGGUCUUCGAUGAACACGAAUUUAAUCUUACCACCGUGCGAUCCGCGAGCCGAUGCCGGAUUUUUGAUCAUGGAGAGCGAAGAAUACGCACCAAUGUCAGGGUCGAAUACCAUCUGCACUACCACUGUGCUUUUGGAGACCGGUAUGAUUCCAAUGAAAGAGCCAAUCACCGAAUUGACACUGGAUACCGCCGCUGGCCUGGUGGUUGUCACUGCGAAAUGUGAGGCUGGGAAAUGCAAAAGCGUGGCAUUCGACAAUGUGCCCUCGUUUGUCUUCAAGCUUGACUAUAAAAUCCAAGUUCCUGGAAUCGGGCAGGUCUCUGUUGAUAUCGCCUGGGGAGGUAUGAUGUAUGUGCUGGUGGAUGCCGCAUCGGUGGGAUUGAAAGUCGAGGCUCAGUAUAGCACGCAGCUGGUUGAUUUGGGCGAGCGUAUAAAGCGUGCAGUCCAAUCAUCCUAUACCCCAGUUCAUCCUGAGAAUCCCAGGAUCAAGGGUGUCAGUAUUCUAGCGUUCACAGAGCCUCUGACAAUAGAAGAUGGUUGUAAAGUCGCUGUCAACACUGUUGUUGUCUCGCCAGGGAGAUUUGAUCGCAGUCCAUGUGGGACUGGGACUUGUGCCCGAAUGGCCGUUUUGCAUGCAAGGGGUCAACUCAAGGAGGGAGAGAUUUUCAAACAUCGCAGCAUUAUUGGAACCGAGUUCACUAGCCACAUUCGUGGCAUAACCAAGGUGGGCGGCUAUCAGGCUGUCCUACCAACAGUCGCUGGCCGAGCUUGGAUCACGAGCUUCAAGCAAAUCGUUCUUGAUUCGAGUGACCCUUUCCCUGAAGGAUUCAGGGUUGGCGACCAGUGGCGGAUGGUACCAAAUUAG